AUAAAAACUUCAUUUAUUUUGUUAAAUAGGAGAGUUAAAAAUGUUUUACUUUUGGAAAAUAACUUUUGCCUUACUGGAAGAAGCAAAAAGAGUUUACGCACGGCGUUAUCCGCAUAGAAGAGUCCCCGAUGCAAAAACCUUUUCGAGUUUAUGUAAAAACUUAAGAGAAUAUGGCAGCUUCAUAAAACCUAAAAGAGAUAGGAACAGGACGGCUACAAAUGAUGAAAAUAUUGCUGCUGUAAUUCAGCAGGUUGAUAAUAACCCCAAGAUAUCCCUAUCAGAGAUAAAAGAAAAUACCGGUGUUACCAUAAGUUCUUCGUGGAGAAUUCUACAUAGAAACUCUUUUCACCCGUACAAAAGUAAACUAGUUCAUAAACUAGAACCAGGCGAUUAUGCUAGAAGAAUGUAUUUCUUAGCGACAUUGUCCGAUUUCUAUAGCCAAGAUGCAAAUUUUCUCUCGAAAAUUUUAUGGAGCGACGAAAGUCAAUUUCAAAAUAAUGGAAUCGUUAAUAGACACAACUGUCGUUUUUGGUUCGAAAACCAUCCUCGUUGGAUUACAGAAAGAGGUAACCAACGAAUUUUUAGUAACAAUGUUUGGUGCAGCAUAUUAAAUGGAUUCCUUAUUGGACCUUACUUUUACGAAGGAACUUUAAAUGCAGAUCGCUAUUUAAGAUUUCUUCAAACUACACUUCCGGAACUAUUAGAAGAAGUGCCUCUUGACACUAGAAUGAAUAUGUGGCUACAGCACGAUGGAGCGCCUGCACAUAAUGCCCAAAAAGUAACGAGGGAUUUGAACCGAGAAUAUCCCAAUAGAUGGUUUGGUAUUAAUGGACCGGUAAGGUGGCCGGCGAGGUCCCCGGACAUUACACCACCAGAUUAUUUUCUUUGGGGCUACCUAAAAAACGUUAUCUAUGAAGAACCUAUCGAAGAUAUGGCUGAUCUCAUUAACAAAAUUAGUGCAGCGUGUGCCGCUAUCACAAGAAGGACUCUCCUACAAGUGACCCAAGCUCAUCUGUUAAAAGUUUUUGAUAGUUGUGUUCGAGCAGAUGGACAUAAUUUUGAACAAAAUUUUUGAAAUGUCUUAUUAUGUAGUUAAUUGCAAUAAUAAUUUUGGUUAUUAACUUGUAGGUAUUUUACUGUUUUUUCAUUUAUUUAUCAUGUUAUCAGAACUAAAUCGAUAAAAAAUAAUAAA